GAGACACUGACAUGGAAGGCUCUAGUCAGUCAUUGCCCUACUCGCUUUAAUUAUACAGCAAAAGAAUGACAAAAGGCAUGGCCCUCGUUCUUUCAUGUCCUUCUUUUGAGGCUUCUUCUUCUUCUUCUUCAGGACUGUAAGCUUGUGAGGCAGAGUUGUUGGACAAGAGGAAAAUAGCCACAGCAGGGUCGGCACAAUGGAAGGCUCCAUUACUGACGCCAAACUACCUCUUCUUCCUCUCCUCAAUGGCACACCUUCUCUGCAGGAGGAAGGUCCAUACACAGGCAAUGGAUCAGUUGAUGUCAAAGGCAAUCCAGCAUCUAAAACACACACUGGGAAAUGGAAGGCAUGCUACUCUAUUCUAGGUGGCGAAUUUUGCGGCGCAUUGGCGUACUACGCAGUAGGGACCAACCUGGUGAGCUACCUGACCAAGGUACAGGGACAGAGCAAUGUCACUGCUGCUAGCAACAUCGCUGCUUGGCAGGGUAACUGCUACCUCACCACAAUACUCGGCGCGUUCCUCGCAGACUCCUAUUGGGGAAGGCACCGCACAAUCGUCGUCUCCCUGACCACCUUUACCUUUGGAAUGGUUCUACUCACACUUUCAGCAGUGGUUCCACCAAACAUGCACAGAUCAAUGGCAACCUUUCCUCAGGAGGCAUUGUCCUCUCUUGGCCUCUACAUGACAGCUCUGGGCUUGGGUGGCAUAUGGCCAUGUGUGCCGACAUUCGGAGCCGAUCAGUUCGACGACACCGACGUUUCAGAGAAGGCGCAGAAGGAGCUCUUCUACAACUGGUACUACUUCGCUGUCAAUGGCGGGUUCUUCGUCGCGAGCACGGUUAUAGUGUGGGUUCAGGAUAACUGUGGUUGGGGACUGGGUUUUGGGAUCCCUACACUGUUCUCGGUCAUCGGCGUUGUCGGAUUCCUUGCGAGUAUGAGGUUUUACAGGUACCAGAAACCCGGCGGUAGCGCGCUUACUAGGAUCUGCCAGGUUGUCGUGGCGGCGUUUCGCAAGGUCCACGUGGACGUGCCAAGUGACAGCUCUCUGCUCUAUGAGAUGCCAGGGAAGGAGUCUGCCAUUGUUGGCAGCAGGAAGCUGAUGCACACUGAUGGACUCAGGUUCUUUGACCGAGCUGCCACUAUCACUGCAUCCGAUGAAGCAUCAGCUAGUCGUCCAUGGAAGCUGUGCACGGUGACGCAGGUGGAGGAGCUCAAGAUCUUUGCGAGGAUGCUCCCCAUCUUCCUCACCGGAGUAAUCUUCAACACCGCCGAGGCCUGCUUCCCGCUGUUCGUCGAGCAGGGAGGCGCCAUGGACAACCACGUCGCCGCCGCCUUCGCCUUGCCACCGGCGUCGCUGACGACCUUCACCUGCGUCUGCAUCCUCGUCCUCGCGCCGACAUACGACAGGGUCCUCAUGCCGGCGGUGAGCAGGCUCACCGGCGUCAAGCGCGGCCUCUCCGAGCUGCACCGCAUCGGCGUCGGAAUGGUCUUCGCCGUUCUCGCGCUCGCCGCCGCCGCGGCCGUUGAGACGGCGCGCCUCCGCAGCGUGGAGGCGGAUGCUCCGGCGGUGAGCAUCCUGUGGCAGGCGCCGCAGUACGUGCUCGUCGGGGUGGCGAAGGUGUUCGGCGUCGUUGGGUACAUCGAGUUCGCGUACGAGCAGAGCCCCGACGCCAUGAGGAGCUUGUGCCAGGCGUGCUCGCUCAUCAUGGUCACCCCCGGGAGCUACCUCCUCUCCGCCAUGCUCACCAUCAUCAGCUCCGUCACCGGCGGCGGCGGCGGCCAUGGCGGAUGGAUCCCGGAGAAUCUGAACGAGGGACAUCUCGAUCGAUUCUUCUGGUUGAUGGCGGCGUUGCAGCUCAUCAACCUCAUCGCCUUCGUCUGCUGCGCUGCCACCUACAAACGCAAGCUGCCUACCACUUGACUUUUUAUUUCUUUUUGUGUAUGUGUGUUUUCAGCUAAUUAAUUAAUUAGUCCUAGUAAUAAAAUUGCCUUGGAAGUGCCUAUGUAGUGUAGGGUUGAAUCAAUUAUAAAUGUGCUAUUUGUGAUAUGUGUAAACCUCAUCGGAGGUUUUUUUAGAUGUUUAAACGUCGGUUUUUUAAUUAACAGCAGGACAACAAUAAAUACUUUGCCAUUUUCUAAUUUCUGUAAUAUUCUAAAAAACCAAUUUCAUGUACCUUUGCUUAUUAUCACUAGUAAAAGUGAUCCUAAUUGUUGAUU